CUUUUCCUUUUACAUAGCUAUAAAUUGUAAACAACCACUGAGAAAUGUUGCUCUUAAAAUCCGUUCGAAAAGCGCCAACCCUGGUUAGUACAACAACAGCCAGAAUUAGUGGCCCAAGUCUAGUGGCAAGUCUUGAACAACACAGGAACUUGAUUCUUACAAACAAAGUAUUGUCCAAUGGAUUGACCGGUGCACCGACAGCCGUUCGUUUCUAUGCGGAUGAUGCCAAGCGGGAACAACAGAGCUCCAGAUCGACACCAAAUGCCCCAGCCCUCAGUUUGCCAGAUCGUACACAAGUAGAAAGAUUCCUUUUUCGUGUGCUUGCACUUAUUUGGGAUAUAAGCGUAUGGACUUAUUUUAAUACCAAAAAAGCUAUUGAUACCCACAUUGUAGCCAAUGAUUCCGUACAAUGGUAUUGGAGGCGAUUGCAUGAACGAAUGGAGCAGGCUAAGAAGGAGUGGUGAAUUGUGUGUCGAUUUCGAAGAGCCAGAAACAUUUACACAUUUACAUUUAUAAAUGUUGACAAGAAGACAUUGUCACUCAUUAUUUUUAUGUGAAGUUCACUUUCUUUUUAGUUAGCUAUUACAUAUUAUGUAUUUGAGUGGACGAUCUUAA